AUGGUUCAGAGAUAUGGGAUGGCCCCACACUUUCCUGGCCUCACUACUGGAUCCUGUCCAGCUCAACCCAUUACUGCAUGCAACCAUCCUGCUGAAAUUCUGGGCAAAAGUGAGAAAUUCCGUAAUUAUUACCGUGGGACCAAUACUGGGCGGAGAUUAUCUUGGCAAACAAAGAUGGGCACGGUUGAUUUGAAGGCAACAUUUGGUAAGGGUCAGAAGCAUGAACUGAAUGUUUCCACAUACCAGAUGUGUGUCCUUAUGCUCUUCAAUAAUGCCGGUCAACUGAGCUAUAAGGAGAUCGAGCAGGCCACAGGGAUACCAGCCUCGGACUUAAAGAGGUCGGAGCCCGUGACACAGUCACUUGCCUGUGAUAAGGGAAAAAAUGUGCUGCGGAAGGAACCUAUAAGCAAGGAUAUCGCUGACACUGAUACCUUUCUUUUCAAUGACAAGUUUACAAGCAAAUUCUUCAAGGUCAAGAUAGGCACUGUGGUUGCACAAAGGGAGACCGAGCCUGAAAAUCAAGAAACUAGGCAGAGAGUGGAAGAAGAUAGGAAACCACUGAUUGAGGCAGCAAUAGUGGGGAUCACGAAAGCGAGGAGUGUGAUGAAUCAUAAUAACAUUGUUGCUGAGGUCACAAAACAGCUACAGUCACGGUUUCCGCCCAACCCCGUCGUAAUUGAAAAACGAGUAGUGUCUCUUAUUGAGCGAGAGUUUUUGGGGAGGGAUAAAGGUGACAGGAAAUUAUAUCGCUACCUUGCUCAAAAAGAAUGUAUUGUUUCUUGA